UCUCUGUACAGGCCCCAUUCCCCACCAGCAGCGCUGCGCUUGGCCCCUUGGCAGUCUCCGUGUGAGCCGCACCUCUGGGGGCGAUCGGUCACUGUUCGCUGGCUGGGUGCUGCUCUGGCCGAGAUUGUAGCGUAUCCGUUUAACAUCUGGUACUUCCCCUCUCUGCCGCGCAGCGAUGAUACGGACUUGCUAUGGCCCCGGGAACAAGACGCUUGGAAAAUAAUUACAAAAUUCAAACAAAAAGAGUAGUUUCUCUGUUUACCAUGUAGAGAGUAAGACAAUGGCAGGCAACAACCAGCUUUGCAUCCGACGUUGGACUACUAAGAACGUAGCCAAAUGGCUAAAGGAAGAAGGCUUCUGCGAGUAUGUGGACGUUUUGUGCAAUAGACACAGACUGGAUGGAAUUACAUUAUUGACACUGACUGAAUUUGAUUUGCGAUCUCCUCCUUUGGAAAUCAAAGUCCUGGGGGAUAUCAAAAGACUAAUGUUGUCGAUACGCAAAUUGCAGAAACAGCAUAUUGAGGUUUUAGAAGAGUUGGGUUACAACAGUGAUAGUCCCAUUGGCACAAUGUCUCCUUCUGUUGGCUCCCUUCAAGGUACGGAUUGGUUUUGUAAUGGUGAAGUACCACGGGACUGUGGACCAGUUACUGACCUGAAUGCCGAUCAGUAUCAAUACACAAAUGGGAAAAACAAACAUCCUAUGCGAAGACUGGACCCUGAGUACUGGAAAACAGUCUUAAGUUGUAUAUAUGUUUUCAUAGUGUUUGGCUUUACAUCAUUUGUCAUGGUUAUAGUACAUGAGCGUGUACCUGACAUGCAGACAUAUCCACCGCUACCAGACAUAUUUCUAGACAGUGUUCCUAGGAUACCUUGGGCCUUUGCCAUGACUGAAGUGUGUGGUGUGAUUCUCUGCUACAUUUGGCUCCUGGUUCUCCUCCUUCACAGACACAGGUCUAUACUCUUACGCAGAUUGUGUAGCUUAAUGGGGACAGUGUUCUUGUUGCGUUGCUUUACAAUGUUUGUUACCUCACUCUCUGUGCCAGGCCAGCAUCUGCAGUGUUCCGGAAAGUUGUAUGGCAAUGUGUGGGCAAAACUUCAGCGAGCAUUUGCAAUAUGGAGUGGUUUUGGAAUGACACUCACUGGAGUACAUACAUGUGGAGACUACAUGUUCAGUGGCCAUACUGUUGUACUGACUAUGCUGAACUUCUUUGUCACGGAAUAUACACCAAGAAGCUGGAACUUCUUGCAUACUUUAUCCUGGGUCCUGAAUCUCUUUGGAAUCUUCUUCAUUUUGGCUGCACAUGAACAUUACUCUAUAGAUGUCUUCAUUGCUUUCUACAUCACCACAAGACUCUUUUUGUACUACCACACAUUGGCUAAUACCAGAGCAUAUCAGCAGAGUAGGAGAGCGAGAAUCUGGUUUCCAAUGUUUUCUUUUUUUGAAUGCAAUGUUAAUGGUACAGUUCCUAAUGAGUAUUGCUGGCCCUUUUCAAAACCUACAAUAAUGAGAAGGUUAAUUGGAUGAAGAGUACCUAGUUUAAUCUAAGUUAGUAUGAAGUAUUCAUAACAAAUCUCUACAGAACUAGCUGGAAAAAGAAGACAACUGUUUCCAUCCCUGUGGUCUCCUCAUGCCCCACUUCUUAGAUUCCCAGUCACAAAGUUGGGAUUUCCAUACUUCACAAGGUAGUAGUAGAAUCUAACGCUAGGAGGAUAGGUAGAGGCUGCCCAUAGAUCAUUAUGAAUCUGAAAUAGAGAAGUCAUCAUUACCAUUGGCAUGAUUCUACAAAAAUGCUUUAGGGUAGAGAAUAACUUACACUUUUAAUGUACGCUUUACCAGACUUGCUGUUUUGAGGUCCAGAUGAUCUCUGGUAACUUGAAUGUUUGCCUGUACAAAUAAUACUAAGUACUAAUUUGUUAGCCACUGACUUUUUAAAAAAUAUUAAAUAUAACUUUUUCUGUUGAGGCGUGUACGCUUACAAAAUGACUCUGAAGAGUAGCUUGUAACAAUAAGGAAAGUAGUAUAGCUCUUUACUAAAUGGUUUCCCAGAAAUCUUAAAUAAGAAUUCUGAAAAAGGUAUAAUGGACAAUAUGUGUUGUGUAUAUACAGAAGGCCAAAGAUGAAACCGCCUGCUUUUUUGAUUUGGGGGUAGUCAGCUAUUAAGAUCAUCUUUGAACAGGGCUUAUUUGGUCAGAGUAAACGGUUUUUGCCAUUGUCCUACUGCUUAGACAGUUCCUUGUUGGUUUAGAAAGGAAAGCUACAUCUGUUGAAAUGAAGUUGAGGUAGCUUAAGUGCUUUAGAGUCACAUAAAGUUACUCUCUCUUCUGUAUGGUUUAUCAAAUACUUCACCUAAACCUAUGCAUGCUUUUUAUGAGCAACUCUUUAAUCACUAGAAGAAUAGAACAGUUAAAUUUAUCUUGAAGUAACAUAGUGCCUCGUAAAUAGAUGGGGAAAUGCAUGUAGUGAUCCCCCCCCCCUUUUCAGGAAAAGUUUUAAAAGCAAGUUUCAAAAAUAGUGUUAAUGUUGAUCUUUUUUAUAUUUUUUUUGUCCCAAUCCAUCUGGUAUCAGCAAAUGUUGAACAUAUUUGAAUGCGUAAGGGUUUUUUGAUGAACUGUAUAUACAGUAAAAUGCUUUAUACUUAGUCUUAGAAAUUCUGAAAAUAGACUGGUUGUUAGAAAUAAGCUGCUUGUUUAUGACACUAGUAGUUAGUUACAGUAUCUUAAGCGGUUUAACUUCUAUCACUUUUUUUGAGAGAUCCUGAUUUUGCUUGUGAAAGACUAGUGGUUAGAAGUGGAGCCUGAAGUAGUGCGUGCAAGCAAGGCCCAUACUUGUUAGUGAUCUUACAAACCGUUAUCCGUAUAUUUUUGUGUGCAAGAAGGUAGCUUUAACUGUAGUUACUCAGAUUUAAUGGGGAAUAGUAGUUUAAUUUGAGUUGCAAAUACAUAAAUGUUGGUUAUUAUCACGUUAGUUCACUAUCCCAUAAUUUCAGAAUAGCUAACGUGUGAGAAGAGGUAGUGCAAUGUCAGCCUCAAAAAAUUUCCAUGACAGUUUGCCAUCCCGAUACAAACUGUUCACUCUCACUUUACAGUGACUAUAGGAAAACUGAAAUACAUGCAGUACUUGCCUGUCAACAACAACAACAAAUUUACCCCGUCAAGUAGAGUUUUGCAAGACUUAAUUAGGUAUUUGAAGCUCAGUCUAGUAUGGUCUCCCAUCUCUACAUUUAUCGGUCUUAACAAAGAUACUUUAAACUUGGAAUUAGAAACAGUAAUUAAGGAGAGAAUAUAUUACCCGCUCUUCAGAAUGUUUAUUUUAAAAAUUUGAAGUUUAUUUAGUUCCUGUUCCUGGGACGAAUUCCAUAUCCCAGAGCAUCUGUACCAAAUGCAGGAGCACACCUAGUGUAAGUUGCAUUGCUCCGCAGACUUUGAUAUCUGUAACAUUCCUGUUCUUUAACAAACCUGCUGCUAAUGAUAAAGCAUCCAAACCUGCUGAAUGCUCCCAGCACCUAAACUAGGGAAAUGCACUGACACUUUGCAAAGCAGAAUCUUUAAUCUCCAAGGAUUUAUGCUUUUAUGAUAAAUGUUUGUUUGCUACCCUUGUCUUCCUGAUAGGAAGCGGCAGUCUGAACAUUCCAGUCUGGAAUAAAACAUCCCCAGUUAUGGGGACACACUUGCUUCUGCAGUGCCCAGUAAUUAAUUGGGCUAUUGUUUAACAGUGUUAUUUCUUUACACAUUUUGGACACACAUUAAAGUGUUAAAGACUUAUAUUCUUUGAGGUUUUUGAUAAUUUAGGGAAAACAGGAAUAAAAAAUGCAGCUAAAUUUGCAAAGCUGUUGACUCUGACAGUAACUCCAGACUGCUGACCAGCUUAGCUGUCUCUCAAUUGUAGAAUUCUUUGUCUUUUAUUUACUCAUGUCUAGUAAAGCAAAAAGUUCUAUAACUUAUCAUAAAAGUGUUUACAUAACCUAAAAUGACAUCUCAAGAUUUUUAUGUGUAAUACUUAAAGUUCAAAUCUUUGUUUUUGAAAGCAUAAACAUUCUUGGGGUUUUAUUUUGCCUCCAGCUUUAUUUAUUUCUCAAGUGUUGUUUACAUCUAAAGUAUUGUCAAGUCAGUAUUGCGGUUUGUUUUUUGAAUAUUUUUAUGAAAAUAGGAUAUUUGCUAGCUACACAAUUGCUUUAUGUAUUCACACACUGAUUUUCUUACUGCUAAGAAUCUGUUUCCGAUAUUUGUAACAUGCAGGAUUGAUUUCCUGGGAACUGGGCAGGGUAUUAAGACUGUCAAUCCUUCUGUUUCUUGGAGGUUAGGCAUCUCUGCCAAUAGACACACAUCCAGUAGCUCAUAAUGAUUUUCUGACUAUAAAGAGAAAACAAAAUAUUUCAGGUUAUUUUAUUCAGAGUUUCAAAACAAGGGUUGGCCCUUAAAGCAAUACUGGCAACUUGAUUAGACUUUCCCCCCCAAUUUGUUUCAAAGUCAAGCGAGGUACAGCAUUUUAAAACGUUUUUAUACAGAUUUUUUGCCACUGCUUUUAACAAAUCUUGGUGUUUGUUUUUGCAGCAGAAAGGGUGGGCUCAAGCUUGCUGUGCCUCCCCUUUUAUGACCUCGCACACCUGCAUGCUGCCUCUUCUAUUUCAUCUUACCUGCAGCUCUUUCUGGCAGAUGCCUUGUUGCAAAGCCUGGGGUAAAACCAUACAUGAGUUCAGCCUCAAAACAGGACAUGUGUGAUGUCAACAGGUUAGUGCUUUAUACAGGAAGUGCAAAUGAUGAGCAAACCCAUGAAAUGGACUUUCAAACACACAAAGUAAAUAAACUGAAUAAAAUAGAAAAACAUUUCUCUAAUCUUUCAGUUACAAGGAAUACCUGAGAUUAUUGGAACAGUAGGGCCAGAUUUACAGAUCUCUCCCAAAAAAA